CAGCAGUCCGACGUCCCCUGCGCUAAACCGCGCGCUCCAGAAAGUUACGUCGCCGCCUGUGACCCGGUCGAUGUUCGGUUUCGGAUUUAAUAAGACGUUCUCCGGCGCCUCGACGCACAGCUGGACAACCUUCUGUCAUCGACUUACCUAAAACUUACAGCUAUGGCUACUCCAGACGUCAGUGUUCACGUGGAGGAGGUGGUUGUCGUAACAACACCUGAUACCCCAUCAGAUGGAAAUGCAGUUGAAGAGGUUAAAACGGUUUUGGUAGACUUCAAAUCAACACAGCCUAGUGGAGGAUUAAGUGACGACAGUAUGGACUCUGUCAACACCCCUGGAACUUAUUCGUCUUCCUCCACACUGAUCCAGAAGGGUGAUAUUAUUGAGGUGAAAAUCGCUGAUGAGGGAGAAAACAUAGAGCCAGAAAUCAUUUAUCCUAUAACCUGUGGAGAAAGUAAAGCUAACCUCAUUUGGAAAAAGUUUGUUUGUCCUGGUAUCAACAUAAAAUGUGUUCAGUUUGACAAUCAACUUAUAAGCCCCAAAGAAUUUGUGAAUCUAGCUGGAAAAUCUACAUUGAAAGACUGGAAGAGAGCUAUCCGUUUGAAUGGUGUCAUGCUGAGAAAAAUAAUGGAUUCAGGAGAAUUGGAUUUCUACCAGCAUAGUAAAGUGUGUUCCAACACAUGCCGUAGUACAAAAAUUGAUCUUUCCAGUGCCAGAUCAUCUUUGAGCAGUCAACAAUCAACGGAGUAUAUCCCAGUGACUCCUGCAAUAGCUGAUGUUAAUGGCUCACCUGUCACAUCUAGAAUUGAGAGUUGCGAAGACAAUUCUGAAUGGAUUUCAACAAUACCAGUUUGUCAAACCGAAGAGGAUACCUUCUCAUUUUGGCGUGGAUUAAAAGAAGCAGGUUUACUGGAAGAGGUCAUACAGGAGUUUCAGCAGGAGAUGCAAGGUACUCUGAAAGGUCUUCAACAAAGACUGCAUCAGCCUCCUCUUCAGGUUGGCGAUGCAGUCAUUCUCAACAAUAUUGUACAAAGUUUUGGUCUUUUGGACCUUGUUAAAAAGGUUUUGACAAGUCACAAGAGUCAAAUGGAUCGUUCCCGAGAGCAGUAUACACGAGAUUUAGCGGCUUUGGAACAACAAUGUGAUGAACAUCGUAAACGAGCCAAAGAAUUAAAGCACAAAUCUCAGCACCUAAACAAUGUUCUCAUGACCUUGACUCCAAUUGCAGCAGCACCUCCUUCAAAACGGCCUCGCCUUACAAGAGCAACAUCAGGACCAGCAACAGUGGCGGCUCAUAUGGUCACAACAUCACAAUCAGGCCAGAUUACGUUGGCUUCUGGAGUGCCUCUGUCUCAGCUAACAAAUAUAGGAAAAAUGGCAACGUUAUCCACCAUUCCAGUCUCUGCAGUUGGCAAGAUUUCACCACACACAGCAACAUUUAAUGCCACAGCUUCGCCACUGAUUGGAGGAUACAGUGUUCUGGCAUCUUCAAGCUCUGGGAUACCUAAUACAGUUGAGAUCCACCCAGAGGCAUCCAAUCUGGCAGUCUUGAGCACGGCUGCCAUCCAGGAUGGUAACACAGUGUUGAAAGUAGUCAGCCCAAUCCAGCUGUUCACUACAGUCCCUGGCCUCAAUGCUGCACUCCAUAACACUACCCAGAUGGCAUCUGUUGGAAGCACACUAAUGGCUGUGCCAUCUGCUGAAACCACCACAUCAGCAGAAGGACACACCACUAUACAGGUAACAUCAAUAAGUGAAGAACAUGAACAGAAACCAUAGCCUUUUGUUUUGUUUAAAAGCCUUGUUGCUACUGAAUGUAACUUUUGAGAACAGUACAAGGAUGGCUUCUGUUAUGCUAUGGUUAAACCUACACAGCGUCACCAAAUGGUAAUAAUUGGUUAGAAUGGAAACAGGAAAAUCAUGGAGCAGGAGCAAGUGUCUCAAUUCUUUUUCAGACUUUGGCUUAAGUACAAAAAUAAAGACAUUUAUCAGAUAUGCUUGGUAGAGUUGUUUAUAAUGCAUUUUACAGAGCUUUUCUGCACUGUAUUUUGUGUGCUUUAAUACCUAAUUACACUCAAAAUGUUGUCUUGUGGUUGCUUUAAAAAAUCUAUAAUUGACUAUUAAUGGCAGUUUUACUUUACAGUAGGUGCUCUCACUGUUUUCUAACAAUUAUUUUACUGUAUUGUGCUGUUUGGAUAAUCACAUGGUUAAUAUGGAGAAUUUGUAAAUAUUUGGCUGUUGUAAUUUGUUUACAACUCAAUAUUGUACAAUCUGCAUUGUAUUUAGAAUAAGGCUGGUACAUGAUUGCAAAGAUUUAGGAUUUUCUCACAUAUGAAAAGCAAACCAGGCAAAUACAAACAAAUGGGUACACUAUAAGCAAGCUGAUUUCUUUUUUUAAAAAUGGAUUUAAAUACUAUGUGUAAAAGAAUUAUUGCAUUUGCGCUUUAGUGGCAGCCACAACAUAAGGUACCAUUUUUAUUCAUGGUGAAAGUGUGGUUAUUUGAAUGUAUGAGCUAUACAAAACAAAACUGGUGUAGUAGUGUUUCUAUAGCAAGUUACACUUUUCACGUCAUAUACCUUUUUUUACACUGCUGUAUGUUUAUUAAAAUGAUCAGAUCAAUACUUAUAAGCUAAACUAGCGAAAAGAAGUGGAUCAGAAAUAUUUUAAUGUCACUGUUUUUCCUCUCUCCCCACAUUAAGUUGAAACCAUAUAUUCAUGUUCAGUAUCUUUGAGCUCCUAGUUUUUAAAGAAAUUGUUACCUGCGUUACAAGUGUGUGAUCUUAUUAUAGUCUAUAAACACCAUAAUUUGAGAAAUGUUUACAGUCUCUCAGCUGAACAGUAUCCUAACUGUUUAAGUUUAGGGGUUCAUCAUAUUUUCUUUCACACCAAAAUUUAAACUUUUUUCCUGCCAUUCUCAACAGUACACAAAUAGCCAUGAGAUUAAUGAUCAGUCAGUUUAUGAUUGAAGGAUAAAAUGUUGAGCCAAAUCCUUUGGCUGAAGAUAGAUUGCCUAUAUUCAGUUUUGUAGCACAGUAAGUGAAAAUGUCUUUACGACUAUUUUUUCACAAUUGAAAAGAUUUUCAAUUCUUCCCUCGCCCUUUUAUGAAGUCCUCUUGUGUCAUUCACUUACUGCACUUAAAACUAUGGGUGACAGAUCACUUCCUGAUCUGGCUGUUGAACUGUCUGCAGUGAGAUACCUGAGAGCAGCACGUAAUAAAUUACCCUCAGAUAGUGUUUUUUAGGGAAUAGAUUGCCCUGUACGUGUCAUCUCUUCACAAUUACUGAGGCUGAGAUUAGUAGCAUACAGCAGGAAGAUUGCUGGCACAAAUCCAUAUUCCACCACAAUGUAUUGAAUAACAGAUAAACUGGGAAUGAGUGAUAAGAUGAUCUAGGUGUUUAAUUUUGAUCACAUCAACUGAACCCUGAGAUGACAUUACAGUCUAGAACUCUUUUUCUGCUACCUUUUAUUUUAUAUAUACUGUCUGUAUAUGAAUUUUCUGGGUAAUAAAUGUAACAGUUUUGUGAGUUUUUAAUCAGGUUUUGGUUGCAAUUUUUUGUGAAGAGUACCAAUGCUUCUGGCUGUUUUUCAGGACCGUUCCAUGUUCUUGUAACGUCAAGUGAACCUUCAAGAAAGAAUAUUUAACUCCUUUAUGAAAAUUAUUUGUAAUGAAUGACAGGGAAAUUCAAUGUAAUCUUUCAAUAUUUAUCUAUUUCUUUGUUAAGAUUUUUUCUCUUUUUUUAAAAAAAACUGAUCAUUUUUAAGUGAAAAGUGAAUCUGUUUAGUAUAACUGCUGCAAUUUGAAUAAAGCUUUCAUUUCUUACAGAUUUCAAAAUACAUUUUGAAACACAAAGUAAAAGGGAUCUUGAGUUGCAUGUAUGUAGCGCCUUAUCAUGUUGGACUAUCUCAGAGCGCAAUCUAGUUGAUUCAUUCAUUUGGAGAGGGUGACAGGUAACAAGGUGGCCAAGUCCCUUGAAGGACUCUUUCCUGAUAAAGCAUGAAGGGAAAUUGUGCUGGUUAAAUCUGACUGAAGAUGUUGGGAAAUGAGAGACUGAUGGUAAAGAAAGUGGGAAGUUAUUGUACAAAAUGUGAACACUCCAGAAUCGAAUAACUGUAUGUGAAAUUAGAAUGUGAGCAAAACCAUUUCAGCUGAAACUUAUUUGGGGAUCCUUUAAAGUUUUGUAAAUAAAAUAAAAAAUGUGUAACAUAGAAAAUUUUUGCAAAAUAUCCAUCGCAUAUUGGUUCUUGUUCUAUAUUUGUGCCUGUUGAUUGAUUUACAUGCUGUUACUGUACUGUACUAGUUUGUCUGUGGCAAAAAAAAGCCAUUUUCCAUUUUGUACAAACUUUUACGGCAUAAAUUGGGUAUCUCAAAGUGUUGAAAUAAUAAAAACGUUAUGUCUUGCUUUGAAA